AUGUCUGUUUCAUUAUUACAACCUUCUUUUUUGAUGUCAAAGACCAGAAGCUAUGCGCAAAUUCUCAUUGGAUCUCGGUUGUUCUUAACAGCGAUGGCUAUUCAUUUAAGUCUUCGGGUAGCACCACUAGAUCUUCAACAAGGUGGAAAUUCUCGUAUUCCGUAUGUACAUGUUCCUGCGGCUCGGAUGAGUAUUCUUGUUUAUAUCACUACGGCUCUAAACACUUUCUUCUUCCUAUUAACAAAACAUCCCCUUUUUCUUCGUUCUUCCGGAACCGGUACAGAAAUGGGUGCUUUUUCUACGUUGUUUACCUUAGUUACUGGGGGGUUUCGGGGAAGACCUAUGUGGGGCACUUUUUGGGUGUGGGAUGCUCGUUUAACCUCGGUAUUCAUCUCGUUCCUUAUUUACCUGGGUGCACUGUUUUUUCAAAAGCUUUCUGUCGAACCGGCUCCUAUUUCAAUCCGUGCUGGACUGAUCGAUAUACCAAUAAUCAAGUCUUCAGUCAACUGGUGGAAUACAUCGCAUCAACCUGGGAGCAUUAGCCGAUCUGAUAUAUCAAUACAUCUUUCUAUGCCCAUUCCAAUCUUGUCUAACUUUGCUAACUCCCCCUUAUCAACCCCUAUCUUGUUCGUUCUGGAAACACGUCUUCCUAUUCCAUCUUUUCUCGAAUCUCCUUUAAAGGAAGAAAUAGAAGCUCGAGAAGCAACACCAAAACCUAUUCACUCGCUGAGUCUUUUUGCAUCCAUGGCUGAAUGGUUCAAUUCCUACUGGAUGCACCUGUUGAGAAAGAAUCAUGUCCUAAGGAGUUCUCUGUUCCCAUUUCCCUCGCAAGGACUGGGCUACCUCGGAUCAUACCUCCCUCGCAAGGUGAUAGCACAGAGGACCUGCUUGUUAGGUGCUUUUUAUCUGCGUUUACUAUUCAAUUUUGAUUUCGAAGAUCAUUCGAUUAGCAAAGCGGGGAAUGACAUGGAAUCCUACUUGGAAGGCUACGGCAACCAAGAGGUCUUUUGUCCGAUGGGGUCCGAAUCGUCUCGGUUGAGGGAGCUGGAAAGGAUGCGUAUCCCUGGCGGGUUCCAGCUCGAACGAUUGGUCGAACUUUUGGAGGAGGAUCGGGAACCAGCUAAGGUUCUGUUCUAUCUUCCCCUCCGAGUCAUCCCGUACUCCAAAAAAGCAGAGGUGAGGUCCGGAGAGUGGGACGGAUCCACCCGGCCAAGAUGCCAAUGUAAAGUGGUUCUCCGAAAUGUUGGAAUAGCCUGCGACAAAGAAUAUAGACGUAAGUUGCUUUCCCGAGUGGAAUCUCCGAACGAACACUACGAAUCUGUAUGCUCGUGCUUGCUUUUCGGGAAGGCAGGUCCGGUCAGUCCUUCUCUAAUUAGCAUCUCGCCUGAUCGUCUGCUGAGUGAAUAG